GGGCACCAUUUGCCAUAACUAAAUAGUUACCUUGUACAUCAAGUAGGGAGAAUUGUUUGAAAUUGGUAGCUCGGCGGAGAGUUUUCUACUCUUCUUCUUCGGCGAAACCCUUGCUGUACGUGAAUGCAACGCAAAGUGUGACGUUUGAGGUCUCAUCAAACAGAUGUGGAUACACUGCUCGGGAGCUGCCCAGCUGAGGUGAAGGGGAGGGCAGAGGAUCAGCCUGAGUGUGGAUGACCUGGCUCUGGAAACAGGAACAUGAUCUGAAGAAGGCGCCGCACACCGAACCCCGACGUCCUCUCCUCCUCCCUGUUUUUUUUAUUUUUGUAUUUUUUAUUUCUAAAUCCACUGGGUCUCAGCCUCUCUACCCGGCUGCUAACACCAGCGUGCACGGAGAGGACGAACUGAAAUAUAUUUGAGGAGGAAGGAAAUACAGCGACAGCCAUCCGUGACCUCUGACCUCGACACACCCCCUCGCCCCUCCCACUGCCAGAACCAUGGGGAGGAAAAAGAUCCAGAUCCAGAGGAUCACUGACGAGCGCAACAGACAGGUGACGUUCACCAAGAGGAAGUUCGGUCUGAUGAAGAAGGCGUACGAGCUGAGCGUCCUGUGCGACUGCGAGAUCGCCCUGAUCAUCUUCAACCACUCCAACAAGCUGUUCCAGUACGCCAGCACUGACAUGGACAAAGUCCUGCUCAAAUACACCGAGUACAACGAGCCACACGAGAGCCGGACCAACGCCGACAUCAUCGAGGCUCUGAACAAGAAAGAGCACCGGGACUCUGAGAGCCCAGACCCCGAGGAGCCCUUCUCGCUCACCCCCCGCACUGAGGAGAAAUACAAAAAAAUUGACGAGGAGUUUGAUAAAAUGAUGCAGAACUAUAGGCUGUCAUCAGGAGUCCCUCAGCCCAACUUCUCCAUGCCCGUCACCGUGCCCGUGUCCAAUCAGAACGCGGCGGCGGCCCUGCAGUUCAGCAACAACCCCGGCGGCGCGCUGGUCACCACCACCUCCUUCGUCCCCUCCGCCCUCACAGACCCCCGCCUCCUGUCGCCACAGCAACCGUCUCUGCAGAGGAACACCGUGUCGCCGGGGUUACCGCAGCGACCGGCCAGCGCAGGUGCUCUGUUAGGAGAUAUGGGGAAUUCAAAUGGAGCGUGCCCGAGUCCUGUCCCUAACGGCUACAUCAGCGCCAGGGCCUCCCCGGGCCUCCUCUCCGUAUCCAACGGCAACAGCCUGGGGAAAGUAGUCCCGGCCAAGUCUCCGCCUCCGCCCAGCCCUCAGAUGGUGAACAGCCGCAAGCCGGACCUGAGGGUCAUCACUUCGCAGAGCGGCAAGAGCCUCAUGCAGCUGACAGAGGAAGAGCUGGAGUUGGUGAGUGAGAAUGCUCAGCGGCUAGGCGGCUCCCAGUCACUCACCACACCUGUGGUCUCCGUGGCAACACCCAGUCUCCUCGCGCCCUUCUCCGGCAUGCAGACGGCCUACAACCCGGAGUACCAGCUGACGAGCGCAGAUCUCACCGCGCUGCAGACAUUCACACCGCCCAUGGCUGCCUGGCAACAGCAACCAGCAGUCUCCCAGCAACAGCAGCAGCAGCAGCAGCAACAGCAGCAACAGUCAGGGCAGAUCAGCCUGGCGUCGCUCAGUAACUUGGUCAUGUGGGGUGCAGAGAAACAGAAUGCAGAGAUGGUUAACUGCAUCUCCAAUUUUGCUGCUAACCUGAGCUUGGCCUCUCAGUCCAACUUGCUCUUUGGCAGGGAGGACGGCCUCUGCUGGCCGAUGGGUCAAAUAUCUCAGGGCGCACUGACGGUCAACACGAACCCCAACAUCAACAUCAAGUCCGAACCCGUGUCUCCAAACCGUGACCGCAGCACCCCCAGCUCCACCUGCGGAGGCGGUGGCGGCGGAGGCGGAUUAGGCCAGAUUCAAGUCCAGGGACAGGGUCUGGUGUCGGUGGCCUACCCCGGUACCCUGCGCCUGGAGGUUGGCGGUCAGGGCCGCUCGCCAGUCGACAGCCUCAGCAGCAACGGCAGCUCGUACGAAGGCAGCGACCGGGACGACGGCACCCAGGGGCGAGGCGGGGCUCAGGACUUCCUCCACCAGGCCGGCGCCGGGGGCCAGCAGCCCACCAUGGUCCUCCUGCGGCCCUCAUCGGCCGAGCCCCAGGAGCAGGACGGGACCAACGUGAAGAGGAUGAGACUGGACACCUGGGUCACAUGAAUCCGCAGAGGGACGGACGGACAGAUGGAGGAUUGAGAUGGAGACGUGUGGCUUGUGUACAUGCCCCCCCACCAGCCCUGAUGCCCCCCAUUUCCUUCGUCGUGCACACACACAUAUAUUUAUACACCGGCCAUCGACCCUACUGUCCACACAGGAAACGCUGACCUCACACAGAAACAAGCAUGCUAACACAUCUGAACUCUAAUGUAUUUUCACUCUCACACACACACGAGCCCCAGCGGGUGGAGCCACCGAACCAGGGAAUCUUUGUCUAGACAUUCUUCAGCUGUAUUUGAAUUUCUAAUCCGGCCACAAACCUAAAUUUGGCCACUUUGACUGUUUCACCCGACAUGUUGACAGCCGCUGGUUUCCCAGCAUGCCCUGCGUUUGGAUGUUCUGUCUGUGCUGCGGUGCAUUGGGUCAGUGCACCGAGCGAGUCGUCACCACGGUUGCGUUGUGUUCGCUGUAGAUUCUCGGGCCGUUUUUUGCUCUUUUUAAAGCGUGGAGUUUUUUUUGUUGACCUUUAGCGUUUGGAUUUGUCUGACUUUGGAAUAUGAAGACACUAAAAAGAGAAACUCUUUCCCCAGCCACGACGACGAGACUGAUGACCCCCACCCCCUUCCCCUUACCCCCAUUCCCCUCCUGGGUCUUAUAUUUAAUCCGAACCAUGCAGACUAGCUGUAAAAACCAGGGACGAGGUAAAAGACUUUUCUUUGAAUCAGGGACGAGCUGCAACGGCUCAACAACACAUGACGCAGAUACUCCCAGCUUCGCCCUCACCUUGUCAACUGCAGAUGCUGAGAAAGGUGUGUGUGUGUUUGGUGUGUGUGUGUGUGUGUGUGUGUGUGUGUGUGUGUGUGUGUGUGUGUGUGUGUGUGUGUGUGUGUGUGUGUGUGUGUGUGUGUGUGUAUGGUUUGUUACCUCGUUUUUUAAACAAAGUGAUGUGGGGCAAAAUGUUCAUUCUCAAUUUCAUCCUGGAGCACACACCUGCGAUGCACACAGCUGAAUUUAUUUUUGUGUUUUGAAUAGAUAGCUGAUGUUCAAAGGGGGGCGAUUGGCGAGGUACCGUGUAUAUAAGCAAUCUGUAACCUUUGUGGCUUUCGUGUGACAGGGAUAGGGUGUUUUUGAAGGUAUAGAUCAUAUGAUACAAGUAUAUAUAUUUAAACAGGCGGGCAGCUCUGCAUCGGGGGCGGGACAAUAGACGACAGGGAUUGUAUAUAUAAACUAUAUAUUCGGCAGGAUAUCCCUUAACAGGAAAACAAAAAAAAAGCAAAGUUGUUGAUUCUCAGCGGAUCGGUCUCUUUUUUAAUUUAUAUUUAUGCGUGUAUAUAAAGUGUAAUAUGUGGACGAGCCUAAAGAGGGAGCUGUAGAAAGGGAAAACGUAGCCGCGGUGACUCGGACUGUUUUAGAGAGAGAACGGUUAGGACUCUGUCACUGAUGGAGCGCACUUUACCUUAACCCCACCCUGACCCAUGGACACACACACAUACUACACACACACACACACACACACACACACACACACACACACACACACACCUGCAAAAUCUGACAUUCAGCAGAUACAAAUCUUUGCACUAUUUAUUAAAUUCUCCAAAUUAAUGUAUUUAUUAAAAUAUAAGGAAAGUGAAUUAGUAAAUAAAAUAUUUCGACUAGGAAACAAUUAUUCAAAAACAGGAAAUUAUUUUUUAAUUAAAUACAAUAUCAAAAGUACAACUUCUGAUAAGGUCUUUUUAUUUAUAUAUUUGUUUAAAAUUAUUAAUUGCCAUUUCUAUGACCCUUUUAUUAUGUGUAUCUACUUAUCGUGUACAUCCACCAAUUGUAAACCUAAAAUAAAGGAAUCAUUAUAAAUAUUUUUGGAUUAAUUACGCAACAAAUUGCCUGUUUAUCGGUGCAUCAUCUGCAUACAGUUAAAGCCAAUAAAACAGUCGAGAAAGGCUACGGCAUUCUGCAGUUCAGACCACCUUCGUUAUUUUAAAUGAAAUUAAUGAAUUGAUCCACAAAUGGAAAUUGUAAUAUUUAAUUUAAGCAUUUGAAUAAAAUACAGAAAUGAGUAAAUAAAAUAUUUCAACUCGGAAAUAAUUAUUUUAAAAAUAUUUAAUUAUUUAAAAUAAAAUACAAUAUCGAAAGUACAACUUCUGAAAGGGUCUUUAUAUUUAUAUAUUUAUUUAAAUUUGAUCAUCGUUUUUGAGUACAUCCAUUGAUUGUAAACCUAAAAAACGUUCACAUAUUUCUUGAUAUCAAUUAAGAAACUAAUAAACCACUGAAAGAAAUUCCAUAAGUUGGAGAUUUCAUUGGGUUUUCUCAGUUUUAGCUACUAAAUAAACAUCCCAGUAACAUCUCCAUCAGUCCAGUGUCCCAUGAUGGUCUUAUUCCCCCCCCCCCAAAAGCUUUCCACUUUUUUAACAAUGUUUGCGGAUAUAAUCUCUACUUAUUCUUAAGUACUUUUGGCAUAUCAAAGUGUUGAGUAUUUGCAGUGUCAGUAUAAUAAGUAUUUUCUGUCACAGACAUAUCAGAGCGAACACACAGAGAGCGUUUUUUACCCCCCCACCUUUCCUCUCGGUAUAAGCCAUGUAUUAUCUCUCCUUCGUGUGUCGCUGGUUGGCUGUAGUUUUAUAUUUACGACUAUGAAGGUAAUAGAAAAAUGUGAAGGAUGUCAUUUUUGUACGGGCUCUAUUUUGGGUUUUAGUGGGUAGAAUUUAAAGAUAAAUCAGAGUGCAAAGUCACGUAUUUAUUUUGUCUCCUGAAAGCACUCCCGUCCUCCGUCGCCGUGCUCGUUAAAAGCUUUAGACGCAGGGUUCGGGUCUCGUUAAGCCGGAGGUCACAGAACCGGUCUGGAUCUUUUAAUGACUCCCUCCCAAAUACAACACACAGACACACACACACACACAGACACACACACACACACACACACACACACACUUGUCAACUUUUGACACAUACCCUCUGACCUGUCACUCACUCAGUUUGUAUUUGAAUCACACACACACACACACACACACACACACACACACACACACACACACACACACACACACACACACACACACACACACACACACACACACACACACACACACUGCUAUCCCCCGAGCGUAAACACUUUGACUGUUAAGACUGUUGUUCCCUGAGCUUCGAACAAAAAACAAAACAGAAACAAGAUGGCGUCCUUUGUUUGUUUGUCAGCGAUGGAGCGGGUUUUUUGCAAAAAGACAGAAAGACAAUCGUGCGGAGAAAGUUUUAAAAACCUGCACCCCCUCCCCCCCGACCCCCCCAACCCACGCCCCUGAAUUAAAGCUCCUGUGUAAUGAUGUUUAGAAGUCUCACUCACUUUCCAGUGUUAAUUUGUGCUGGUGACAGUCUGUUUUUAAUCGUUCUCUGAAACAUUGAUAUUAUUAUACUCACCAUCACGACCACAGCUCUCACUGAUGGAAGCUGUCAUGAUGGGAUGGAUUUUUUUUUGUGUAGGUUUUAGGCAUCUUUUGGAUUUUAUUUUAUUAUAUAAAAAUAUUCUAUAAAUAUAUUUUUUGUUUUUUUGGGGUUUUACUUUGUCGUCUUCUUAAAAAAAAGGGUGUUACUAAUGUUGCACGAUUUCUAUGAACACAAGCGUAGUGAUACUAGUACACGUGUGGCGCCGCGACGAAACGCUUCAAUGCUGCGACUCUGAGUCCAAUGUACAAACACACACACACACACACACACACACACACGCUGACAUGUGGGACACACACACACACGCGCGCGUCUAACUUAUUUCUGAGCAGACACAAUGAUGUCAAUGCAUGGGCGACGAAGAGUGAAUCAUGUUACAGGAACUACAAAUGUACUAUCCACACGAAUAUACAUCACACAGCAAAAAAAAAAUGAAAGAAAAAAGUUUAAAAUAAAUUAUAGCUAAUAUAUUGUGUUCGGCUAGUCUGCUUUUCUGUUGUAAAGAAACUCUUUUUGUUGUUUUUUUUGGAGAAUGAUAUACAAUUUGUGUAUAUUUUCAUAAAUAAAGUAUGCACUGAUAUGUUAUUACAAAUUCUAUACUGCUUUUACAAAAAAAAGUGUUUGUUAUUGUACCAAAGUAUCCCAUUGGUCCCCUCUUACCCGCCUCCCCUUUUUGCGUAUGUUUUACCGUAUUUUAUAUAUUAAAUAGACAAGUUGACCUACA